CCACAAACUCAAGUUUCGGGCGCUCAUCCAGCCAAGAUGCCACCACCACAUUUAAUGACCCUCGCAGACCUGUCCAUCGGGCAGAUUAGAUUUUUGUUGUCUCAUUCAAAGAAGUUGAAGACAGCUGCUGUACAACAGCUCAGGCCUCGAAGGGUUCCUUUUCCUCCACCAGUCCCACUAGCCUCACGAAGCCUCGAUUCGAAAACCGUUGCUUUGUUGUUCGCAAAGAGAAGCACAAGAACUCGAGUUUCAGCAGAAACUGCCACCAGUCUGCUCGGUGGUCGGGCUUUAUUCCUCGGGAAGGAAGAUAUUCAGCUUGGCGUAAAUGAAUCUGCUGAAGACACUUCAAAAGUGCUCUCUAGCAUGGUACAAGGUAUAUUCGCUCGAGUGGGGGAUCAUUCCGAAAUUGAGGCAAGCAAGGGUGAAAUGGCGAAGCAUUCUGCUGUUCCGGUCAUCAAUGCUCUAUCCUCGCUUUGGCAUCCAACCCAAAUUCUUGCCGAUCUUCUCACUUUGCACGAGCACGGGAGCCAUUUCAAACCUCGAGGUUCGGGGGGCUCCACCUAUAGCGGACUCUUCCCUCCUCUAAAGUCACUCACGAUCACUUGGCUCGGUGAUAGUUCCAAUGUACUACACGAUAUGCUUGUUACUUUCCCUCGUUUCGGACACAAGAUGCGAGUAGGCGUCCCUCCACAACAGGCCUAUCAGUGCCCUGCACCAGUUUGGAAUCGUGUCAAGGAGCUUGGAUGCGAUCAGGGAAUACACUGGUGUCACGAUCCACGGGAAGCAGUUAAUGGUGCGGAUGUUGUCAUUACAGAUACUUGGAUAUCCAUGGGCCAAGAAGCUGAGAAAGAACAGCGUCUGCGGGAUUUCCAAGGCUAUCAAGUCACUGAAGCUCUCUGUCGUGAAGGCGGGGCUAACCCCGACUGGAGGUUCCUUCAUUGCUUACCCCGAAAACAACAUGAAGUAGACGACGAGGUGUUUUAUGGGAACCGAUCCCUUGUUUUCCCCGAGGCAGAGAAUCGAAAAUGGACCAUUAUGGCACUUUUCGACGCCAUGUACGGUGCUUGGCAUAUACCGGAAUUGCCAGAGUAAGAUGCGCGUUGGACAGUGUACAUUUCAGAUGAGUCCUUGGAAGCUCAAACCCCCAAAAAUAGCGGCAGUCAUUGUUGCUGAGAUGAAAUUAACCUAGAAGAUAUUGAUGACUCUCAGCAGAAAAAAAUUCUACACG